AUGGAUUCUGACGCUGGCUCCACCUGCAGCCGCUCGUCAUCCCCUGACCUGGUGGUGGACGACUCAGCUGGGAGCUUCUUCUCCAACAAGAUGUUCCAGACCUACUACCAAGAAGGCAGAGCAGACGACGAGGCCAGCGAGGGGAGGAUGGAGCGCUGCGGCGGUAAAAUCAGGUCUGAGGACGGCAAGGAGGUGGUGCAGGACCUGAGGCUGAAAGUCAACAGCCGGGAGAGGAAGAGGAUGCACGAUCUCAACCAGGCGAUGGACGGCCUGAGAGAGGUCAUGCCCUACGCCCACGGCCCCUCAGUGCGCAAGCUGUCGAAAAUCUCCACCUUGCUUCUGGCCCGCAACUACAUCCUCAUGCUGUCGAGCUCGUUGGAUGAGAUGAAGAAGCUGGUGGGGGACGUUUAUGGAGGCAGCGCUGCCGUCCAGAGCCGCACCGCAAGCCACCACGCCAUUACCCCCACAGCCCCCACAGUCCAUCACCCACUCCAUCCUCUAGCACAGUCUCUGCACUCCCUGGUGGGUGGCACUCCAUCCACGCUCCAGCACCAUCACUCGUCUUCGGUCCCAGUCCCACACUCCACUGCCAGCUUCCUGGGCUUUCAUGCUCCAGUCCAGGGCCUGCUGAAGGACCCCCUGCACCUGACCAGCUCCUACAGGCACUUCCCCGGCAUGCCCUGCCCCUGCUCCCUCUGCCAGCCUCUGCCCACAACUACCUCCACAUUGCACAGCCUGUCUAUGAACAAGUGA